AUGUCAGAAGACGGCGGCGUCACAGAAGGGAUACCUGCGCUCCAUAUUCCCAACGACCAACAAAAGAGCCCGCACACCGUCCAAGAAGAACCGUACCCUAUGUCCCCGCAACGACAUACGACGACUCCUAAUCCUUUCAGUCGAAGAAACACAAGCAUUGACAUCGACGACUACUUCUCGGGACCUCGCGAUAUUUCCAAGCACUCAAAAUGGCCUCUCUUCAUGCAGCUACAUGGUAGCAUCUUGCCGAAGAUGAUUAUCCCGCUUCUCGCCGUCGCUGCUUGGGCAACUCUUAUAACCGUAAUUUCCAUGAAGGUCAAACCCCUCGGAAUUAGCUCUAUCCUCCUUACCGUUACCGGUUUCGUCGUGGGUUUGGGUUUGUCUUUCCGUAGCUCGUCAGCAUAUGAGCGAUACGCGGAAGGCAGGAAGCUUUGGGGUCAGUUGAUGUUCACCUGCCAAGGACUCGGUCGAGUUUUUUGGUUGCACGUCGUAGAGCGCGAGGGCUCUGGGAAGAAGGAUCUACUAGGAAAAUUAACUGCCAUGAAUCUAGUGGUGGCAUUCGCUGUUAGCUUAAAGCACAAGCUUCGAUUCGAACCGUAUACGUAUUAUGACGACCUUGUAGACUUGGUCGAGCAUCUCGACACUUUCGCCAAAUCAGCUACGGACGAAAACACAGUAAGACCAAGGGCGGGCUUGUUCAAGGCGGUCGGGUCGAACCUUGGUUUAUCAUUCGCUGCAUCGAAUCCUCGGAAGUUGAUGAAGAAAGCCCAAACUCCUCUUGGCAAUCUUCCUCUGGAGAUCCUCUGUUAUCUGACUGCAUACGUGGAUGAGCUCGCUCUUAAUGGACAAUUGCCCGUUCCGAUGCAACAAACCGCUGCUUACAAUAACCUUCAAUCGCUGAACGAUGUCCUGGUUAACACGGAGCGUGUUCUUAACACGCCACUCCCGAUCGCGUACGCUAUCGCUAUUUCGCAGAUUACCUGGAUCUACGUGUUCCUCCUCCCAUUCCAAUUGCUCAUCGAGCUCGAGUGGAUCACGAUUCCGGCUACUAUCGCCGCGUCUUACAUUAUUCUGGGUAUCUUCUUCAUCGGACAUGAAAUCGAGGAUCCGUUCGGAAACGACGUCAACGACUUGCCUCUAGAUCUAUUCUGCCAGCACAUCGUACAAGACAUGGAAACGAUUGCCGCUCGCCGGAAGCCACGCAGUUCCGAAUGGGUUGAGAACCCCAAGAACAAAGUUAUGUUCCCUCACAGCGAGUCGGGCUACAGUGUGUGGGUACAGCGACCGGAGACAGCAAUCCGAAAUGCACUGCGAAACAGGCCACACGCCGGAUUUGAUAAGGCAGAUACAAAUGGUAAAAAAGGUGACCAAAACGUAUGA